AUGGCUUUGAAGUGUGUAGUUUACAUAGGCGUUAUCUUGACCAUUGCCAAACCAAGCAACGGUGGAUUUUCUCCGGCCAAUGGCUCAUCCGUAGACUGGCAUCCCAAUGGGUCCAAAUUGGCUUUGGGUGGAAUCGCACACCACCAGCCAGGCUUUCCACUAUAUAUGAUGCAACUUUACCGGUCAUACCGGGCGGCUGACCACCACCCUGCAGACACAACCGACGAGGCCAAACCGCUGCGUCAGGCGGAUUCAGUUGUCAGUCUCACAGCAAAAGGACUUUAUCAGGUUGGUGACCACUGGAGCGUGACGUUUGACCUCACAUCCUUGCUGCCGAGCGACAAGGUGUCUCUAGCGGAACUCAGGAUCAGAGUUCCAGAUUUCUGUGGCUCCAGACGCAUUCUGUUGGAUGUGUUCCACACGCACGGAGGCGAACGCCUGCUGCUGGGCCGUCUGCGUCCAGUAGUAGCCCAGCGUGGACCCCCCUCGUGGCAGGUCUUCAACAUCAGCACGCUGCUCAGAUACUGGCUCCAACAGGACCAUGCUCCACACGGCCUGGAAUCACCAGCAGACCUCGGGAGCGGCUGGUCACUGGAGGGAAGUGGUAGUGGUGGUGGUGAUGCGGGUGAUGAGGAGGUGAUGGACCAUGGCAACACCACCACCACCACCACCACCACCACCCAGCAGCCCAGCCGCUCUGGACUCCUCUUCCACAACAGGCCCAGGGUCAGCCACGCCACGGCCGGACGCGUCCUGAUGGUGGUCUUCUCCGAGCAGCAGAUAAGGCAGUCGGGUGGUCCCAGCUUGUUGCAGACGGCGCAGCACUCCAAGCACGUCGCUCCACAGCUGAGCCCAUCAGCGCCGAGCGACCUGGACCAGGAGGGCGGCCCGCAGGCUCGCAGGCACAAGAGGAACCGGGUCGAUCCGGAGCCGGAUCCGUAUCCGGAACCAGAUCAAGAGCCCCAGCCACAGCCGCAGCUUUCACCAGAACCGACACCCGAGACCCAAACGCACACACCAGACGCCACAGCAGAGGCUCCGGUAUCCAGCCCGCUCUGCCGCCGUGUGGACAUGUGGGUGGACUUUGACCAGAUUGGCUGGGACCAGUGGAUCGUCCACCCGAAGCGCUACAAUGCCUACCGCUGCGAGGGGGAGUGCCCCUCACCCCUGGACGAGAGCUUCAAGCCCACUAACCACGCCUACAUGCAGAGUUUGUUGCGUCUGUACAACCCGGAGCGGGUGGCGUGUCCGUCCUGCGUGCCCGUGCGUCUGGGUCCCCUCUCCAUGCUGUACUACGAGGACGACGGGGUCGUGCUGCGCCAUCACGAGGACAUGGUGGUGGAGGAGUGUGGCUGCCAUUGAUGUGCGUGUA